GCCCACUGGGGACGUAUAAAAGCAAUGGGUUUCGGACUGAACUACCAUCAGUUGUGGGCUCUACUGCGUUAUGAAGACAUUCCUGAUUUUGGCAUUCUUUGCACUGGCCGCUUCGGCUAUUCCGAUCAAGGAAUCUGAGCGCGUCCAUGGGGAGAACGGCUGGUACGUUCCCCAGGAGGAUGGCACUUCCGAGUGGGUGGACAUGGACGUUGCCGAACAGUGGAUGGAAGCCCAAGAGCUGCUGGAAAGCCGUGGCUUGACCACCGUUCCCGUGAAGUUCUACCUGUACACCUCCUCAAACCCCACCAAGGGCAAGAAGAUCACCGCCUCCACCAAGUCCAUUGAUGCCUCCAGCUUUAACUCCGCCCACCCAACGCGCUUUGUGAUCCACGGCUGGACCCAGAGCUACACCGCCAGCAUGAACAAGGACAUCCGCAGUGCCUGGCUCUCCAAGGGAGACUACAACGUGAUCGUCGUCGACUGGGCCCGUGCUCGUUCCGUGGAUUAUGCCACCUCUGUUAUGGCUGUCGGUGCCACAGGAAAGAAGGUUGCCAAGAUGAUCAACUUCCUGAAGGACAACCACGGUCUGAAUCUUAAUGACGUGUACGUGAUUGGUCACAGCCUGGGCGCCCAUGUGGCUGGAUAUGCCGGCAAGAACACCGACGGCCAGGUGCACACCAUCAUUGGUCUGGACCCCGCCCUGCCCCUCUUCAACUACAACAAGCCCAACAAGCGUCUGAACUCAGAUGAUGCCUGGUAUGUGGAGUCCAUCCAGACCAAUGGUGGUAACUUGGGAUUCCUGAAGCCCAUCGGCAAGGGAGCUUUCUAUCCUAACGGAGGAAAGACCCAGCCCGGAUGCGGUUUGGACCUGACUGGCGCCUGCUCCCACGGACGCUCUACUACCUACUACGCCGAGGCCGUCUCCGAGGACAACUUUGGAUCCAUCAAAUGUGGCGACUACGAGGCAGCCGUUUCCAAUGAGUGCGGAAGCACCUACUCCAGCGUUCGCAUGGGAGCUGAUACCAAUGCCUACAUGGUCGAUGGUGACUUCUAUGUGCCCGUGAACAGCAAGGCUCCCUUCGGCAUGAUUAACUGAUAGAAACUCAAUAAACUUUAAAAUACUUGAA